AUGGCGGGAGUGGCGAACUCGACGGGCCCCAGCGGCUCGACCGGCAGCGCGCGCUUGGACGGAAAGCCCAAAGUAGAUUCGUUCCACAACCGAGAUGGGCUCACAUUAAAGACCUACGCCUGGCAAGUGAAAAACCCAAUAGGAGUGAUAUUCCUAGUACAUGGGAUGAAUUCACACCUACGGUUAGAUUACAUGCGGCACAACGUAGAGAUAGUGAGCCCAGAAAAAGCUAUUCUGAAGGACGCAGACAAUUACUACGUUUAUAAGAACAGCUGGGUUGAGCAGCUGAACAAGAGUGGCUACUCAGUGUAUGGCCUGGACCUGCAGGGGCAUGGCCAAUCGGACGGGUGGAGGAACUUAAAAACCAACAUGAAAAAAUUCGACGACCUUGUGUAUGACCUUUUACAGUACAUCAACCGAGUGCACGAUGUGAUAUGCUUGACUGGCCGGAAGGAUGCAAAGGGUGGGGACGCGGGAAAGAGCGGUUCUGCGAACGCGAAAACGCCGCCCUUCUACCUCAUGGGCCUGUCCAUGGGGGGAAACAUCGUGCUGAGGGUACUAGAAAUUUUGGGCAAGUCCAAAACACACAGCGAAAAGUUGAACAUAAGAGGAUGCAUCUGUCUAGCCGGCAUGAUCUCCAUCGACGAAUUAGCCUCCAGAGCCUCUUACAAGUUUCUAUUCAUCCCCUUCAGCAAAUUUUUUGCCACCGUCUUUCCAUCCCUCCGACUGACUCCCUCCCUGUACUUUAAAAAAUACCCAUACGUUAAUCAAAUUUAUAGCUACGACAGAAAUAGGAAUAAAAAAUCGAUCACGUGCAAGAUGGGCUAUGAGCUUCUCAACGCUAUUGAAAAUUUAAAUAAUGAUAUGCAGCAUAUUCCAAAGGACAUCCCCAUCCUUUUCGUUCACUCCAGACAUGAUGGUACUUGUUUCUUUGGGGGCGUGGAAACAUUUUUUAAAAAAAUUAAUACGGACGUUAAGGAGCUGCACGUGCUGGACGACAUGGACCACGUCCUCACCAUGGAGCCGGGCAACGAGCGCGUCCUGCAGAAGGUGCUCGCGUGGCUAGCAGCCCGCGGAUAGCAGCCCCAGUUUAGCACACCCUAGUUAAUGUACACCAGUUAAUGUACACCAGUUAAUUUACGCCAGUUAAUUUACGCCAGUUAUUUUACACCAGUUAUUUUACACCGUUAGUUCACCCCAAUCGCGUUGCGCCCAAUCGCGAUGCGCCCAAUUCCGCUCGCAUAAAGCUGCAGCGGGGGUCCCUUUUUUGCCACUUGUUCCGAAGUUGCGCCGUCGCGACGCGCGCCAAGCGUUAUCUCCCCGGGGGGGAGCACACUCAAACGUACUAAGUUGUUCGCGUGUUUUGUGUAGUUCGUGUGUUUGUGUAGUUCGUGUGUUUGUGUAGUUCGUGUGUUUGUGCAGUCCGCGUAUUUGUGUAGUUCGCAUAGUUUGUGUUUUUAUUUUAUUUUUUUCUUUUUUCCUUUUUCGCACAGUUGUGUGCACCUGGGCCGCCCCUCAUACGGCUCCUUUUUUUCAUCUUUUCCACAACGCGUCACUUUGCGCGCUUACAUACUCACAACAUCGCUUUGCUGCUUUGCUGCUUUGCUGCUUUGCUGUUUUGCCGCUUUGCCGCUUUGCCGCUUU